UCCGUGAGAGAAGGAAUCCAACAUGGCGGCGGAAGCACCAUGAAUUUGUCGUUCGCUGGCUGUGGUUUUCUCGGGGUCUACCACCUUGGGGUAGCAGCAGGUCUUUCUAAAAGUGCUCCUAGGUUUUUAAAGAGCAUUGAAGCAUUUGCUGGGGCGUCUGCCGGCUCGCUUAUAGCAGCCGCUCUAGCAACAUCAGUACCUCUGGAACAAUGUUCCCAUUUUGUACAAGACCUUGCGAAAGAGGCGCGCAAAAAGCCACUUGGGCCCAUCAACCCUGAGUUUGAUUUGAUAGGGUAUUUGAGGGGAGGACUGGAGAAGUUUCUACCUCACGACGGGCAUGAGAUGGCGACAGGGAGGUUGUACGUGUCGGUGACAAGACUUAAAGACAACAGGAACGUGCUACUAUCUCAAUACGAUUCACGAGAAUUCUUGAUCGAGACUCUACUCGCAAGCUGUUUUAUUCCAAUCUAUGCUGGCUUAAAAUUCCCACAGUUUGAUGGCCAGAAAUGGUAUGAUGGUGGUUUCACAGACAAUUUACCAAGACCUCCCCAUGGAAAAACAAUCUUGGUCUCUCCCUUCAGUGGCGACAGUGACAUCUGUCCUGAAGACUCAUCGCGUGUCAUGGCGGAAUUCAAAUGGCGAAAUAUGAGUGUGUCUCUAAACAAGGACAAUGCAAUGCGAACUCAACACAUACUUUAUCCACCAAACCAACAGGCUUUCGAUAAACUUUACCAGGCAGGAUACAAGGAUGCUGUAAAUUAUGUCACCACGAAAGGACUUAGUUAACAAUUUGGUGACAUUUGUAUUGUAAUUUGCUAUCAUCAAACAGUGAAAGCAAAAAAUAAUAAUUUGUUGAUGGGAUGGGGGUGCAUUUUUAUAAUUAUAAUAUCGAAAAAAAUAGUAUUUGAUGUUCCUUCAAUAAGGGAGUGUUCAUUAAAUAAACCAAGGGGGGGGGGGGAGGAAGAUAUUGAGGGGGGGGGGGGGGGGGCAACAAUUUUUAAUCACCAAAAGGGGAGGCUCCGAAAAAAAAGGUCCUAAGGGAAAAAGAAAGAAAAUCUUGGGUUCUAUAAGGGGAAAAAAUGUCUACAAUGAAAGGGGUGCUCUGAAAUUUUAAGGUGUCUGGAGUAAAAAAAUCUCUCCCCCCCCCCCCCCAUUGGUGUAAUUAAUGAACACUCCCUAAGUAAUUAAAUUUGGGGCCAAGGGGGAGCACAUAAUUGAGUGCCUGUAGAAAACUAAGGUCUAUAGUAUGAAGGGGAUUGAUUGAUCAGGAACAGUGGACUGGAAAAGCGGAUAUACUAGUACCCUCUAAUGCUUCAAUAAAUCAUUUAAACAUA